AUGGGUACGACUUCAGUUCAGGACCAAUCGACAGUCACGAUUCUAUGUUGUCUCUGCGGGGCGCCAAUUACCGCCAACCCGAGCAACAUGUGCGUACACUGUUUGCGGAGUCAGGUAGACCUUACGCAGGGCUUCCCGAAGCAGUGUGCGCUGGUGUACUGCAAGUUCUGUGGUCGCUACCUUGUUCCACCGAAAACUUGGGUCCGUGCGGAUCUUGAAUCAAAGGAGUUGAUGACGAUCUGUCUAAAGCGACUGAAGCGGCUUGUGAAGCUGCACCUUGUCGAUGCGGCUUUUGUAUGGACGGAGCCGCACUCGCGGCGCAUCCGACUUCGCUUAACCGUACAGGACGAAGUCCUGAACCGCACCAUUCUCGAACAAUCGUUUAUCGUUGAGUUCGUAGUGGAACUCCAGCAGUGCGCGGACUGUAAACGGGAAGCUGCGAAAAUCGAGGCUUGGGAAGCCGUCGUCCAGCUCCGACAGCGCGUAGACCACAAGCGAACGCUCUUCUAUCUUGAGCAGUUGAUUCUGAAGCACAACGCUCACGAGGAUGUUUUAGGCAUUCGACAGCAGAAGGAUGGACUCGACUUUUACUUUGUUCAUCGUUCACACGCGCUCAAAUUCCUGAGCUUUCUGCAUAACGUUGCCUGUGUUCGUCAACGUCAGAGCAAUCAUCUGGUGUCGCAUGACCCCAGCAACAACGUGUAUCGAUACAAGUAUACGUUUUCAGCGGAAAUACCACCAAUUUGCCGCGAGGAUCUGGUGUAUCUGCCACCACGAGUUGCGACGCAACUGGGUGGACUCUCCAGCCUCCUGCUCGUGCAUCGGAUCACGAACCAGAUUCGUCUGCUUGAUCCGCUCACUGGGUUUGAGCACCAUAUCGACGGGGCCACCUACUGGCGCCUCGGCUUAACAGCAUUGAUGAAUGCGCGUCGCCUCACAGCGUUUGUGGUGCUCGAUGUGGAACCUGUGGAGCGGGAUCCAGCGGCGACUAGCUGCGGGCACCUGGACCAGCGAUUUCGCCUUGCAGACGCAACGGUUGCUCGUGCUGCAGACCUGGGUGUGAAUGAUCAACAGUUUUUGGUUCGCACACACCUUGGAAACAUUCUCAAGGCGGGUGACCUUGUGCUCGGUUACGAUCUAGUUUCGGCCAAUUUGAAUGAGAGCGACUUGUUCGAAUCCCUGCAAAGCGAUUCGUUGAAAGCGACACUGCCGGAAAUCGUUCUCGUGAAGCGAGGUUAUCCCCAGAGGGAUCGCACCAAGCAGCGGAUAUGGACUUUGCGCGAGCUUCCCAAAGAUGAUGGCGAUGUUGGUGAGCAUCGGCAUGCCUUGCGAGAAGGCGCUCGCGUCACUGGGCGACAACGGGACCAGCGCGAUGUCGCUCUGGAGCGCGAUCGUGAGGAGUUUAUGCAGGAGCUGGAACAGGAUCCGGAGCUUCGAGCGACGGUGAAUCUGUACAAAGAUCCCACCAAGUUUGUGGAGGAUGGUCUCGGACGACUUGGGAUUCGCUAUCCUGGGGAUCGGAAGUGGACUGCAUCUGAACGAGCACAAGGUCAGAGUCGACGAAAUGUUCAGAAUGCGAAUCGUUUCGACGGACAGCGUGGAAUGAAUGCGUAUGCGGUGCUUGAAGCAGACACGGAUGCAGACCAGUCUGACGACUAUCCCAGUGUGAGUCUCGAUGAGUUGCUUGAUGGCCUCGAUAUAUCCGAUGAUGCGGAUCAGGGCCAGGAUGCAGUGACUAGUUGA